GAUUUGGCAAUUAUCAUAUUUCAAGCGAAAGGGGAUCAAAGGACCUAUACCUCUUCCAUUUGUUGGAAAUUCUUUUGACUUAUUUCAAGGCUUCCAUUGGAAAAGUAUAGAUAAUAUCAAGAAAUAUGGAAAUGUCUAUGGCUUGUACAUGUUUGGAACACCUGCAUUGUUUAUUAGUGACCUUGACAUGAUAAAGGAUAUCACAGUAAAGAACUUCAGCAAGUUCAUGAACCACAAGCAAUUUGUGUUGAAAUCUCGACCAUUUGACAAGGCAGUAUCAGCACUAAAGGACCAGCAUUGGAAAGAUGUUAGGAAUGUCGUGACACCAACCUUCAGUGCUGUCAAAAUGAAACAGCUAUCAGGUUUACUUAAUGAAUCCAUUGAUAGUUUGGUGGAAAACUUUGGAGCAAUUCAGAAGAAAGACAGCAAGGUGAAAGUCUUCAAUUUAUUUGAAGCAUUCACGAUGGAUGGAAUUGCUAAAUGUGCUUUUGGACUACAGGUAAAUUCACAGAACAACCCAAGUGAUCCAUUCGUCACCAAUGCAAAGGAGUUGAUGAAGAAUAGAAUAUCAUUGAAAGUACUGGUUGCUGGUGUUUUCCCUACCAUUGGUAAAGUGAUGGAUUACUUUAGAGUCAGUGCUCUGUCAUAUAAAGUUCAGCAAUUCUUCAUCUCUGUAAUUGAUCAAACAAUCACAGCUCGCAGGGAAAAUCCAAGCUCAAAGAUGAAGGACUUUCUUCAGAUUUUAAUGAAUGCAGAGCAGGGAUACAAAUCAGAAAGUGAGAUAAAAGAAGAGAAAUUGCAGGAGAAGAAAUCAGAAGAUGAUAUCCAUGCUUCAGUUGAUGAACAGGAAAAUGAAAGCUACUUCAAGAAGAGCAAGAAGACAACUCUAACGAGGGAUGAGAUAUAUGGUCAGGCUAUGAUAUUCUUUUUGGCUGGUUAUGAAACCGUCAAUGUCACUCUUGGAUUCUUGGCAUAUGCCAUGGCUGCAAAUCCUGAUGUUCAAGAAAAACUCAUUGAAGAAAUUGACAGUCUGACUCCAACUAGAGAUGAUGUUAGCUAUACAUCCAUUGCAAAGAUGCCUUAUCUGGACAAUGUUGUCUGUGAGACUCUUCGACUCUACCCUGCCGGUAUUAUAACUGAACGAGAAUGCAAUGAAACUCAUGUUUGCAAUGGUAUCACUAUUAAUAAAGGGGUUCAAGUGAUGUUCCCUGUCUUUGCCAUCCACCGUGACCCUGCAAUCUGGCCUGACCCAGAGAAGUUUGACCCUGAUAGAUUUACUAAGGAGAAUCGUGAAGGGCGCCACCCAUUGGCCUGGUUUCCAUUCGGUUUUGGUCCAAGGAAUUGCAUCGGGAUGAGGUUUGCCUUGAUGGAAAUGAAGAUGGCCAUCAUUCGUCUUCUUCAGAAGUACCGCUUUGAAACCUGCCCAGAUACUUCAAUUCCUCCUAAAUUCUCCAAGAUGAGCCUUAAACCUGAUGAUGACCUAUAUCUUUGUGUUGUGGAGAGAAGUUAGACCAGAGACAAAAGAUGGCAAAGAUUUGAUGCCCAAAAGGCUCUAAGUAAUAUUAUUGACCCAGUCAUUUAGGGCAGAAUGCAUUUAAAUAUUUGUAACAGGUAAAUGAAUCAGCAGCUGUAAUUUCUAUUGAUUUGAAUUUACAGCAUAUAUAUACGGUUUGAAUGUGAAACAAAAUUAAGUGAUUGUAGGUAUUUAGCAUCACUCAACAUUAAGACUCAUGUUAUCAUAUUUUUAAUGAAGCAAUAGCAUAUCAGUUAAAAAACUCUUCACACAACAAAACAUAGAGUAGAAUUUUGUUUUAAUAAUUCUAAUUUCUUCAGGAGGAUCUGUAAGUAUUAUUUGUAUUGCAUUUUUGGCAUUUUAAUUUGAUUUGAUAUUUUACUUGUUAUGUUUCAUCAAAUUUAGUUUUUCAAGGUAAAAGCUCAAGGCGAUAUUUGUUCAUCAUAUUUUCAAGAGGAUUUCAUUGCAAGGAACAAUACGACAAUAGGUGAUGGGGCAUAUGGCCCUUUUGGAAUAGUAUUCUUGUCAUGAUUAAAUAUUUAUGAUGAAAAAUGUUGUGUGCCAUAAACUGGGUCCAAGCAAAUUACAUUUUUUAAAUCAGUCUUACUGCAAAAUAUCAUCUGAUACGUAUGUUUUAAUGCAACACAUAUUUGCAAUUUAAUUGUUUUUCAACUUAGAUGAUGUAACUUUGUGUGUAAUAGUGCAUCUAAAAUAUCUUAAUGGAAUGAGGAAUAUAUAGUCAUCCCAUGUAACAUUUUACAUGUACAGAUUAAACUCAUGUUUUGUUACAUUUGAUAUUCAUAGACCCAAAGUAUGAAUAAGGUGACUAGUUCUAUACUAUAAAGUUGACGUGUAUGUUUAUUUUAGUAAGUAUUGUAAUUCAAAACGAUUAUUCUUGAUUUUAAUUAUAUAUUUCACCUUCAUAUCAAAACUUUUAAAUUUGUCUUUAUUGCAUUCAUUAGAUUUAGUUUGUCCAUGGACCUACAUGUCACUACUCUGAGUAGAAGGUCCAUGCUUUGUCAAAGAAGUAUUAUCUUAUAGAAGUAAUUUUCAUUGCUUGAAAUUAUUCUCCUUAUAUCAUGUUUUAUGUUCAGAAUUUCAUAUAAAAGUUUCUCAUGGUUUGUGCAUUUGAUGUUUUUUUAUCAUUAAUAAAUACUUUUAUCAACUGAUAGUGUUUUGACACAUUCCUUGAUAUGAUCAAAAUUCUGUUGCUGAGCCAAAGCAUGCCAUUGAAUAAAACAUGUGUGUACAAUGUAUUUGUAAUAAUUUUCAAUCCAAUCUGAGCUAGUGCAUAAUGUUCCAUUUUAACAGAUUAGGGCCUGCUGCAUGAUGACAUGUAGGGGUUUCAAUGUGUUAUUUUUUCACUCAUGUAUUUGAUUUUAUUUUAUUUUUGGUAAACUCAAAAGCUAUUCAUAUUUCAUAUAAAAUCAUAACAUUAGAAAUUUUUUUUUCUCUCUUCAUGUAUGAUAUUAAACAUCAACUACUCAGUCAUAUGUCUCAUUGAAUGUUAUCAUAUAUAUAUUUUUUUUAAUUGUAAACAAAGAUUAUUGAAUAAUUUGAUAAUAAACUACACAAAAUAA